AUGGCUUUCAGGGCAAAGGCAGAUGUGUGGCUGGCAGGGUCCUGGCUGUGCCUGGGCAGGGUGAGAGCCCUGGGCACCAGCACGGCUCAGGCCCCCAAGGCAGUGCUGCCCUUUGAGGCCAUACCUCAGUGUGCUGGCAACAAGUGGCUGAGGGUGCUGCAGAUCUGGAAGGAGAAGGGCUAUGAGAACAUGCACCUGGACAUGCAUCGGACCUUCCAGGAGCUGGGGCCCAUUUUCAGGUAUGACGUGGGAAGAAAGCAGAUAAUAUCUGUGAUGCUGCCUGAGGACGCCGAGAAGCUGCUGCAGGUGGAGAGCCGGCAACCCUGGCGGAUACCCGUGGAGCCCUGGAUGGCCUACAGAGAGCAUCGUGGACAGAAGCCCCUGGGCGUGUUCUUGCUGAAUGGAGCUGAGUGGAGACUCAACCGGCUACGGCUGAACCCAGUCAUGCUGUCAGUGAAGUCCGUGCAGAAGUUCAUCCCCAUGGUUGACACGGUGGCCAGGGACUUCUCAGAGGCCCUGAAGAAGCAGGUGCUGCAGAAUGCCCGGGGGAGCCUGACCCUGGACGCCCAGCCCAGCAUCUUCCGCUACGCCAUCGAAGCCAGCAACUUCGUUCUCUUUGGAGAUCGGCUGGGCCUCUUUGGCCCCAACCAGAACCCUGGCAGCCUCAAGUUCAUUCAUGCCCUGGAGGCCAUGUUCGACUCCACUGCUCAGCUCAUAUUCCUGCCCAAGAGCCUGUCCCACUGGACGAGCCCCCACGUGUGGCAGGAACACUUCCAAGCCUGGGACUACAUCUCCGAGUAUGCCAACAGUUGCAUCCAGAAGGUGCAUCAGGAGCUUGCCCAAGGCUGCCCUCAGCACUACAGUGGCAUCAUGGCUGACCUAAUCUGGCAGGGAGUCUUGUCACUAGAUGCCAUCAAGGCGAACACUAUUGAACUCACAGCAGGGAGUGUGGACACGAUAGGCUUCUCCUUGCUGAUGACACUCUUUGAGCUGGCGCGGAACCCCGACGUGCAGGAGGCCUUACGCCAGGAGAGCCUGGCAGCAGAGGCCAGCAUCUCCGGAAACCCCCAGAGGGCCACCUCAGAACUGCCCCUGCUGCGGGCUGCCAUCAAGGAGACCUUGAGGCUCUACCCAAUAGGUAGCAUUGUGGAGCGAACCCUGAGCUCAGACGUGGUGCUUCAGAACUACCACAUCCCAGCUGGGACCUUGGUCCAUUUGUAUCUGUACUCAAUGGGCCGAAACCCUGCGCUGUUCCCGAGUCCUGAGUGCUACAACCCGCAACGCUGGCUGGACAGCCGGCAGAGCUUCCGCCACCUGGCCUUCGGCUUUGGGGUGCGCCAGUGUCUGGGCCGGCGCCUGGCAGAGGUGGAGAUGCUGCUGCUGCUGCACCACGUGCUGAAAUCCUUCCGGCUGGAGACACUGGUCCGAGAGGAUGUGAAGUUGGUGUACAGCUUCAUUCUGAGACCCGCCUCCUCUCCCCUCCUCACUUUCCGACCCGUCAACUAGUCACAUCUGCGCAUUGAGGGUGCCAGUCACGCCACCAGCCUCCCUCUGUCCUGACCCUAGUCCACCCCUCUUCUGUCCCAAGGGCACUGCUUUCUGGGCCCCAGCACAGUCCAGCCAGCCCCUUGCACACUGGAAUGGCCAAAGCCCCCCUGGUCAGCGCCUACCAGGCUGUGCAGCUAAGCCAGGGCAGCACUCAGGAGGGUCUUGGUGGCUGUCCAGACUCUGUCACCAGCCUCACCCAGCUCCUCACCCAGCAGUCUGCUGGGACAUGGUCCUGAUCCUGCCUGGCAAUAGCUCCUGCUCCUCCUGGGGCCAUCCACCCCUCAGCUGUCUCU